AUGCCUGUUAUUCGUUAUUGUAUACCCUGCAGCAGCAAAAGAGUAAAAAAACUUGUCUUGCUUUUCUUAGAGGUUAUACAAAAAACAGAUCAUAAAGGAAAAUUAAAAGAAGAACUUAUUCUUAUUUGCAACGGGUUACGUAGUGAUUUAUUAUCCCCUAAUGAAUAUGUUCGCGGCGCGGCGCUCAAAUUAGUUGCGAAGAUAAGAGAAGCAAAAGUUGUUGAGCCUCUUCUUGAGGCUGUUGUACAAAAUCUUAUUCCCCGUCAUAGUUAUGUUCAUCAGAGCGCCGUGUUUUUUUGUGUUUUAUAUAAAAUACUCACCGUCAUAGUUAUGUUCGUCGAAGCGCCGUUUUUUGUGUUUUUUGUUUAUUGCGAUUUUUUGGCGUCGAUUUUCUUCCAAAUGCAAUUCAAUUAA